AUGAACCAGCUAGAUCCCUCAAUUCAAAAGUGGGCCAAAUGGGUAAUAAUCUUGUUGCUUGCAAGAAUACCUAAACCGUUACAAUGGUCAAGCUUCCUAUCGUUGAAUCCGUUCAUACGUCGUAUUGUUACUAUGAAUUAUGAACAAAUUGCAAAGAAAACACAGACUGAAAACGUUAAAAGACACAUAGCUAAGGUUUCUAAUAUUAUAACUUGUUGCUUUUUAUAUUUUUCUGUUGCAGAUAAUGCUAGAAUACCUAAAGAUUACUUAUCGGUCUAUAUAUGGAUCAACUAUAUAGGGAGUUUGAACCCUCCUUCAGCACUGAACAUUAUUGUAUCCAGGUUUUCACGCUAUGCUAAGGUGAAUACAUACUCUGAAGUGUUCAGGAGAUUGUAUUCGAACAAGGAAUAUGUCAUAUAUCCAAUGAUUUUCGGACAAAUAUUGUCCAAUUAUUUGACUCCGACAAGAUAUAAGUUGAACCAAAGAUACUUAUCAAGCUAUUUGAAGACUACGAUAUUGAAUCCAAUCUGGAUUAAUUUUUCUCUUGGAGUUAAACUGCAUAGAAUAAGCUGGCCUGGCUUGAUUUUGACUUAUUUGCAGCAUAAUGCAAUGGCAUACUUGGCAUUCGGAUUGAUGUCGUUUAAAAGUAGAUUCUUAGACCGUUAUUAUGAAUUGAAGCAUGGGAUAUUCCUCAAUGGUGAAGGAAGAACAACUGUGUCGGCGAUUACUAAGAAUUAUUUAACCUAUGCCGGCCAUAGAGCUAAUUCAUUGAUUAAUUUUAUUUAUUUGCCAAAUUUGAUAUCCAUGAUACUUAUCUCGCUAACAUCCCCUUUGCUAGUAUACUUGAGAAACCCAGCUCAUCCUGCUACUAAUAGGUGGUACUUAUCACAUGUUAAGCUAUUUUUUAAGAGUUACAUGAAAGUGAUAGGUUUUGUGGCCGGAGUUGUUACUCUUUAUGUUAACUCGGCAGACUUUGUACCUGAUUAUGGAUAUAAAUUAGAAGUCUCUGAUGAUACGACAGAAUCUACUAAUAUUCGUCAUAUUUCCAAAGGCUUUAUCAACAAUUUGAGUUCUUAUUUAUUCCGUCUUAUUUUGUUAUCCAAGUGGAGGGUGGUGAAAGGAAACCAUCCUCAAUUUAGACUUUUAAGAUUAAAGAGCUGGAAUAGACUUGAAGCUGUGUUGAUGUGCAUUGGGGUGUUAAAGCUAAUGAAUUUAAAUGACUUUUUAGCAAGAAAUGUACAAGGAGAGCACAAAGAAAAAUACCAGAAACUACAGAAGGAAUCUUUACCUAGAUUGAUUAAUAAAAUCAUGUAA